AUGACAGACACCAAUUCCACAACUCCCACUCACCACUCUCCAUUAAACAGCCACGACAGCGCAAGCCCCUCGAACAGCCUAGCCUCAACAGAAUCCAUUGAUCCCGCAUUGCUAGACGAAGAAGAAAAUCCGCUGGAAGAAGGCAUUGCCGAUAAUGUCAUCGCACCAUCAAAGCAGUCAUACGCCAUUGGCGGAGGAGGAUACAACGCGCUAAAGACACACAAGGGCCAACUCUACUCCGGUAUGGCGGUUGGCGGUUCUCAUACCUGGAACUACGACCCGGGCACAUGGAAAGAAACCAAAGAAAAACCCGAUCUAUGGCGAAUCGACUAUCAGACCAAUAAGCGACGAGCUCGCAACGCACCGAAAGGCAGCGGAGCGCCCGUAGGCACGGAGUAUCACUGGUUAAUCGUGGGACAUCAGCACGUGCGAAAAAUCGACGCAAACACUUACGAGACCCAUUUGACGGGUGCCAAGUAUAAGUUGGCACACAAGUCAGCUACAACAGGGUCCUGGUCCAUUCCGACGGUGCGGGGUCAACGAGAACGGGAAAUUGAGUUACUCGAAGAUGCACAGCGUCGUGUACAAGGAUUGCCGCCAGUACUCGCAAGUGAAAAGGUCAAGGUUGAGCGGCGGGAGAAAGGUCAACAGAGCCUCGAUACUUUGUUUGGUAAAGCUAGUCGGGGCAAGAAAGAGAUUCCCGAGGUUAAAAAGAGGAAAAGAGUGUAA